AUGGCGGUCAACGAUGUAGCUACCGUCGCCACGGCCAUCGGCAACAUGGAUCUCUGUAAGACGGCUCCUGCGCCCCAAGAGUACGACCUUUUGAUCGUCACCGAUGCCACAUCAUCCAUGGGUUCCUUCCUCGUGUCGCUUAAGAGCUCGUUGAACGACAUCAUCCGCAUCUCGGCCACAACCGCCUCCUUCUCCCGAAUCGGCGUUCUCGGGUACCGAGACUACGACAGAACCAUGUCACAGGUCACCGAGUGGUCGGGAUGGCACAGCCGCAAUGCUCAGUCGGAGGUGUCCCAGGCGGAAUUGCUGGCCUUCGUCGACAGGCUGAAACCUCAGGCCGGUAGUGAUUGGCCCGAGGCGGCGAGGACCGGCCUUGCGCUCGCACAUCAACUCAUGCGCCCGGAGGCGAAGACCAUCGUCUUGCUGUAUGCCGAUGCGCCUCCCCACACGGAGCGGAGAGCGGGCUUGUGGAAGACGGAGCAGAACAAGCUCUGCGAGCCUGGCGCUUACGGCGGGAAUGGGAAGCUCUUUGCCGACUGGACCUCGCUCUGCCGAACCCUGGGCGAAGGCGAGAAGCGGGCCCAGGUGUUCAGCAUUGUUGAGCAGGCGGGUGGUAGACACACAGACGAAGUUGUUGCCAUGUUCUUGUACCUCUCGGCUUGCACUGAGGGUGUCUGUCUAGGUCUUCCGAGGCGGUCGGCCGCGGCCACCAUUUCCGAGGUAACCAUCAACCUUCUGCUGGCUUGGAUGGGCGCGGAUAAGCAGGGCGCCACACUGGACUCCCGGAACAUUGCUUCCCAUUUCCACUACCGCGACGAGAGCAAGGUCAACCAGCUCACAUCGGAAAAGGACGAAGCCAGCGUUCGUUACCUGUCCAUUUCCAGCAGAAAGACCGACAGGGACGCUCUCGAGGCCAACAUCGCCCGUCCCAACGUCUCAUUGGAAGCCAUGUCCCAGAUCAUCCCGUCCCGGGAACACCCGGUCAUGGACUUUGCUAAGCGGUAUAAGGCCGACCCGGAAUAUCAGAAAAUCGUUGUGGAGCAGCUCACCGAGAUCAUCGAAUCUGACGUGUCCGCCCUCUCCGUCAACCCCGUCUUCGGUACACUCUGGCGAACGGUCUGCAACGACCGGCUCAAUCCCGCCCGCGAUGGGCUGAUCACCAGUUUCGGCCUUCAGGUUGACAAGACCACGGAUACGAACAAGAAGGAGCGCCUGAAGAAGUGGCUGGAGGAGUCAUACGAUUUCGCCGGAGAGAUUGUCGAGAUGAUCGAGGCCGUUCCGGAGGAAUCGCGGUACCCAUGCGUCUUCCUCGACCCCACGGUGCGGUUCGCGCCCGCCGAGAAUGAGGAGGAUGGCGCGGCCGACGUGAUGGAACUCACCCGCGACGAGCUGCUCGAGAUCGGGCGGUCCUGCGACUACCGCAUCCUGCGCCGGCUCGGUCGCAUCCUCGUUCGCCUGACAUACGUGAACUCGAAGGGUGACCUCCCCGCCCAUGUCAAGGAUGUCCCGGAAACAGAGGUUCCUAAAAUUCCCAUGGCACUGGCCCACUCUGAACACCAGGGCAAGUUUUGGAAGGUGCUUCUGCACACUGUUCUUCCUGGAACAAUGGUAGCCGCCCGUCCUGCAGCGUUGCUGGCAGCUCUCAGCGUGCGCUUAGGGAUCAAGCCCCUCGAAGAGGUUGCUUACACCGAGCUUCUGACUUGGCGGGACAACUGGAACACGCUGGAUAUCCCUGAAACGUGGAGCGUGAACUGUCUCGGCUUGAUUCUAGAGGCUGAUAAGAAGCUUCGGCAGGCGACAGCGGAAACCCAGUCGGCUGAGGCAGGCCGCCAAACGGUUUUGAAGGAAGAGGACCGCAAGUUGUUUGGCGGCCUCGUCGACUACAAGAUGCUGGAGAUGAACUUGUCCACGACGCUCAAGGCAGAGGUUGGCUGGAGCCCGAACAAGAGCAAAGCGCCUCUGGGGCCGGUUGUGGUGUGCAACGUCUGCGAGUUCCCUCGUUCAGUGACGGUUAUGGGCGCAGAAGGUACUUGUGGGGUGUGUCUGGGGGCUCGCAAGCUGGGUAACCAGGAACCACGGGAAGUUCAGGAAGCGCGGGUCACAGGGGGUGUGUCCAAGUCCGACAACAGCAACACCACGGUGACCUGGAGCGAGUGCUCCAUGACGGACUGCAGAGCCCAGUACGUGGUGUAUAACCCGAAAUUGCUCAAAGUUCGCCCCAAGUGCCACUAUUGCCGACAGAUCAACACAACCUCUGAGACAGACCCCAACUACAAGGCCCUCACAACCGCCCCCUGCGUCACCUGCACCAAGUGCCGCAACCGCGUCAUCUGGCCCGUCGCCCACCGCCCGUCCUCUUUUGACGAAGUCACCUACCAGUGCCCCGCCUGCACGGCCGGCACCAUCGCCACCAUCGUCACGGUCGAAACCACCGCGUCAGCCCUCGCCAGCGAAAACGGCACCGCCUGGCUCCUCCGCAACGACGACGCGACCAUCCCCGAACCCUUCAACAACCGCUCCCUCUACCACACCAUCACCCACAUCUCCGACCCCGCCAACCGCACCACCCUCUUCCCCAGCAAAGUCUCCAUCCUCCCCACCCCCACCUCCCCCCUCACCCUCACGCACCACCACAAACCCCUCCACAACACCCCCGCCCUCCUGACCACCCUCUCCUCCUGGAUCUCCCGCCGCCGCACCCAAUCCGGCACCUGCACCCUCUGCUUCUCCACCCUCCCCAAACGCGCCCUCCACCCCGCCUGCGGCGGCCGCCGCGGCUGUGCCGAGCGCAUCUGCACCGCCUGCGCCGCCGCCUGGUACGGCGCCAACCGGCCCGGCCGCGUGCUCAACACCGCCGCGCUGGCGUGUCCGUUCUGCCGGCGGAGGCCCGCGCCGACGGCUGCUGCGCUGCUGAGGGCGGUAAGGUGUCUGGGCGGGGUGAGGGAGGCGGUGGAGGAGCAGGGGGGGUGGGUGUAUGCGUGGUGUGUGGGGCGGUGUGGGAGCGCAAGGAGGUAUGUCGAGAGGGUUUGUGCGAGGGGCGCGCCGCCGGAGGUGGAGGGGUGGCGGUGUGAGGGGUGUGUGGCUGCGGCGGCGGUAGGGGGGGUUCUUGUGGGUGGUGGUGGGGAGAAGGGGGGGUUGGUGGUCAAGAUGUGUCCGGCGUGUGGGGUGGCGACGGAGAGGACGGCCGGGUGUGACCAUAUCUCGUGUCCGUGUGGCAAGCACUGGUGCUUCAAUUGUGCGGCCAUGGUCGCGGAUACGGCGGGCGAGGUGUAUGCCCAUAUGUCGGAGGUGCAUCAUACGUGGUAUGAGGGCGGCGGCGGCGCGGACUAUGCGGAGUAUGAGUUUGAGUCUGAUGAAGAAGAGGAUGAUGAUGAUGAUGAUGAUGAUGUGUGA